ACUGCCCUGGGGCAUUGGGAUAUUUUUUAGAUAAGAGGAAAGAGUGCUUCCUACCAGCAGUGGGGUGCAGGGUGGUAUGCUGGUAAACACAUUGCACAUAGGAUCGCGAUAACUCCUGGCAAAGUUGGAUAGCUGAUAUUCAGAGCUGAAAUAGCCACAUUGAUUAGUCACAGGUAUCGGGACUAAUAAAGUCAAUGCAAUUGCCUGUUUUACAAACGGUGGGCCUAUACAACAUGGGUGGGCUUUCAUAAAAUUCCAUUGCAGGCUGACCAGGAAGCACAAGCCGACGUCUUUUAUACGUUUUUUUUCCUCCCGUCCAGACGUUAUUUAUUUGUAUUUUUUUUAACGAACGGUAGGUAGGCUUACGACUUUGACGGGGAUUCAUAACAUUAAACUUCAGGCAACACCUCAGUAAGCACGGACCGACGCCUUUUGGACGUAUUUUUUUUUGGUGCAGUUCCGGACCAACCAUUUUUAUUUUACCUUUAUUUAACUAGGCAAGUCAGUUAAGAACACAUUCUUAUUUUCAAUGACGGCCUAGGAACAGUGGAACAACUUCCUUGUUCGGGGGCAGAAUUACAGAUUUUUACCUUGUCAGCUCGGGAUUCGAUCUUACAACCUUUCGGUUACAAUUCCAACGCUCUAACCAAUAGGCUACGCCCCAAUGAUUUUCACAUCCACUGACAUGGUUUUUUGUCCGGUCUGGACCAAAUCUUAACUUGAUUUCAACGUCCACCGAUAUUUUAGGUACUGAGUGUUUGGUUCAGAUUUGGUGUGCGGUCUGAUUUCAACGUCCCGAUUGGUUCAGAUUUUGUCUCCGGAUCUGUUUGGUUCAGAUUUGGUUCAGAUUUUGUCCUGUCUUGACCAGCCUUGAUUUGGCCCAAACAUAGACGUCUAUAAAUGACUUAUUUUCAACUUUCAUUCAGAAGCGAAAAUGAACCUGAUUUCAAUGUCCGGAAAAUACAUAUCUUUCAGCAUCUGGAAAAGAUGCCUUUUCAAUGUCCUGGAAAUAUGUAUUUUAAACAUACAGAAAAUACCUUUUCAUCUUUCAAUCAGAACCUAAAUUGAACCUAACAUCAACGUCUGGAACUAUUCUAGUUUUGCAGGGGAACGGAAUUUUUUGGUCUUGCCUACAGCGGCAGAAUGGCAAGGACCGGCCCUGUAUCUACCCCCUUACUAUCACUGUUACUAUCAACUCAUAGUGCAGCCCAAUCAGCCACGCAAAACAGUUUUGAGUGGCAGCAAAUCUGUCCAAUGAGCUGAGUCGCUUUCCAUACACCCACUCCUUUCGAAACACCCACUCGCUCAAACUCCGGUCGCCAUAUUGGGUUGCAGCUACCCAUACUUGAGUUAGUGCCUACAAAAAGACGCCAUUACUAUUUCUCUCCAUGGGCGUAGUCCUUCUUCCAAACAUAAUGGCCCUAAAACUACAUCUCCCACGGCGCACAACUGUAGACCUGAAACUGUAUUCCUCAUAAUCGAUGAUCUCAACUUAGUUUCCUCUCUAGUGGCAUGAAGUAGGCUAGCUAGGGACCGCGGCUAUGGAGCGAGCUGAAAAUACUAUCUGAUAACGGUAUCCGCUUAUAGACCGCUGAACUUUUUGUUCACAUCAAAAAGUUGAGGACCCGACGAGAGAGACAAAAACACAGCCAUGCCGUUCAAAUACAGAAGGCACUGAUUUAUUUUUUAUAUGCUUUUCUGUUGUCCUUCAAGUGCUGGCCAAGAUGUCUGUGGAGGAACAGGAAUAUCCAGAGGCGACUCUGGUUGCAGAGGCCGGGCCGCAGUGGUUUCGGGCGGAAUUAGAACGCCUAUCCCGGGAGUUGAGCGAGACGACUCAUGAGAAGAUCCAGGCGGCGGAAUACGGGCUUGCGGUGCUCGAAGAGAAGCAACUGCUCAAACAGCGGUAUGAUGAGUUGGAGACUGAGUUCGAGACCGUUCGGAAGGAACUCGACCAGCUGAAGGAGGCGUUCGGUCAGGCCUACUCCACCCAUAGGAAGGUGGCUGCAGAUGGGGAGAGCAGGGAGGAGUCACUGAUGCUGGAGUCAGCCAGUAAGGAGGCCCAAUAUCAGCAGAUGGUCCUGGAGCUGCAGAAUGAGCUGCGGUUGGCCAGAACCGCCCUCGCUAGCACCCAAUCAGAGAACGAGCGCCUGGCUGCCGUCGCCCUGGAGACGAGAGAGAGCACUGAGCAGGUAGAGUUGCAGCGCACCCAACUGCGUGAUGACAUCAGAGAGUAUAAAGUGCGGGAGACACGUCUGCUGCAGGACUACAGUGAGCUGGAGGAUGAGAACAUCUCCCUGCAGAAACAGGUGUCCCUGCUACGACAGAGCCAGGUGGAGUUUGAGGGUCUGAAGCAUGAGAUCUGUCGCCUGGAGGAAGACUCCCAGUGCCUCCACAGCCAGCAGGAGGAGGCCAUGCGCCUGAGGGAGAUCGCCGAGCGCCAGCUGACCGAGGCUCUGGAGACCAUUAAGACUGAGCGCGAGCAGAAGGCCGCCCUGCGUAAAGAACUGUCCCACUACAUGACCAUUGGGGACAACCUGUUACCAUACCACCACAGUUCCCUCAACAUCUCCCUGGACGGACUCAAGUUCAGCGAGGAUCCCACUGCUGCCACCAACGAGCCGAACAACGAUGACUCGUUCCGCGGCUACGAGAACGGCCUGGCCAAGAUGGCCACCGACGGCAACGAAGAUAACAAAGCCAAACUUCGGCCCGCCCCCAGCCUAGUGGAUGACCUGCUGAGUGAACUCAACAUCUCAGAAAUCCAGAAACUCAAGCAGCAGCUCAUGCAGGUGGAGCGAGAGAAGGCGGCGCUCCUCUCCUCUCUGCAGGAGUCCCAGAAGCAGCUGGAGGUGGCCCACGGGACGCUGUCAGAGCAGCAGGAGACGGUGGGACGCCUCACCGAGAACCUCAGUGCCAUGAGGAAACUCCAGGCCAGCAAGGAGCGCCACUCGGCCCUGGACAGCGAGAAAGAACGAGACAGCCGCGAUGACGGCGACGGGGACUACUACGAGUUGGACAUCAACGGGCCUGAGAUCCUGCAGUGUAAGUACACCAUCGCCGUAUCAGAAGCCGGGGAGCUCAGACAGGAGCUGAAGACUCUUAAAGCCGAGUACCAGUCGUGCCGGAGCCAGUACGAAGAAGAGCGAGUCCGCCUGGAGAGCGACGUGGCAGGGCUGAGCGAAAAGCUGGCCUCCCUGGAGAACAGCAGCCGGGAGGAGCACGAGGAGGUGGCGAGACUGGAGAAGGAGCUGCGGCGAGUGAGUGAAGCGGUUGGCGAGUCGCAGGGAAGCCUGAACGUGGCGCAGGACGAACUGGUGACGUUCAGCGAGGAGCUGGCCAACCUCUAUAACCACGUGUGCAUGUGCAACAACGAGACGCCCAGCAGGGUCAUGCUCGACUACUAUAAGGAAGGCAAGGCCAGUAUAGGGGGCAGGGGCAGCCGAGAGGGGAAGACACAACAUCUGUCCCAUGUUCUGCUCUCCAAUGGGCUGGUUCCUGAAACUGAACCCAAUAAAUCUGAAGCCAGUGACCCAGCCACCCCAGCCCCAAUCCCAGAGUCCCGUUCAGAGCCCAUGAACAUCUAUAACCUAGUUGCCAUCAUCAGGGACCAGAUCCGUCACCUGCAGCAGGCGGUGGACCGCACCACAGAGCUGAGCCGUCAGAGGAUGGCCUCCAUGGAGCUGGGUACUGUGACCGAUAAGGACAAGGAGGCCUGCAUGGGGGAAAUCCUCAAACUCAAGUCUCUGCUCAGCACCAAGAGAGAGCAGAUCGCCACCCUGAGGACCGUGCUCAAGGCCAACAAACAGACGGCUGAGGUGGCACUGGCCAACCUGAAGAGUAAAUACGACAAUGAGAAGACCAUGGUGACCGAGACCAUGUUGAAGCUCCGCAAUGAGCUCAAGGGCCUGAAAGAGGACGCUGCCACCUUCACCUCAUUACGGGCCAUGUUUGCUACAAGGUGUGACGAGUAUGUGACCCAGCUGGAUGACAUGCAGAGGCAGCUGGCUGCAGCGGAGGAUGAGAAGAAGACCCUGAACUCCCUGCUCCGCAUGGCCAUCCAGCAGAAGCUGGCCCUGACCCAACGACUGGAGGACCUGGAGUUUGACCACGAACAGGCGCGCCGCGGCGGGGGAGUGGCUGCAGGCGGGCGGGGAAAAUCCUCCUCAUUGGCGCGGGGCAAAGUGGCAUCGGCCAAUCAUUAUUAAUUUAAUCAAGCCCAGUGUCCCCUUCAAAAGGUUGACAGUCACCUUGCCGAUGAUUACUUCAGUCCCCCCCCCACCCCCCGUGGCCUGGGACCCAUGUCAGAGACACACACUGCUGUAAUGCGAGGACUUUGAUUUCUGAGUGCAAACACACACCAGAGUAUGUGAGCGGAGUUGAGCGGUCAGAGAUCCCACACAUUGCUCACGGAGCGGUCUUCUGCCACUCCAAAUUCGCUCCAUUCAUUUUCUGUUUAAAAGGGAUCAUUUAACAAACACCCCAUCUACUUUUGUGACUAUGUACUCGUAUCAACAUCUCUUUGCAUUAGUGGUAGGGGUAGGCUAAAUAAAUACAACAUAAUAGGCAUAAUUAAAAGAACAUAAUGAAGGAAAUGAAAAAUGCUGGCUAGAGCAUGCCCAGAGAUCGUGGCUGAGCAGUACCGGAGCGAAAUUGGAAGCGGGAUAGAAGGCCGACGCUCCAACGUUUUAGAAAUUCGGUGAAGCACGAUCCACUUCAGCUCCACUCUGCUCACGUCCUCUGACACACACACACACACACACACACACACACACACACACACACACACAUGCUCCAGGCCCCUACAGACACACGUGAAACCCCCAGGGGUUUAGUCCCUCUGUGCGGCUACAGGAAACAAGAGAGUCUCCUCGGUAUGAUGACCAAUAGAGGUCUAUUUCUAUGUAUAUGACCGACAGUAUGACCCUCAUUUGUGAUCCAGUCAUUCACUCCACAUUGUCCACCACUAUACUAUUAUAACUCUUGUGUCUUUCCCCCGACUAUAGCCGACUCCAACUCAACUCCACGAUUUACGAUGGAGUUGAGUGGCGACUAGUGUUGACGAACUGGAGCGCCGACGUCACAUAAAAACCCACUGUCGCGUGUAAUUACGGGCAAUGUUUUGGGUGCUGAAAUCAUUUUAUGUGAUAGUCGCCGCUCAAAUCCAUCGUAAAUCAUGGAGUUGAGUUUAAUCGGCUACCCGGAUGACUGCGCCCUUUUAAUGUAUUUAUUUAUAUUUUUUUGCUUGUUGUAACUCAGUGAACGUGUGAGGUGUUCAUAAGCUUUUUGUUGCAUUUAAUAAUUGUUGAUAAUUGAAGCAUUCAUAAUAGAAUUUCCAUGGAGAGCAAACCUGUGUUGAUUUAUAUUUAUUUCUAGAGAAAGAUCAGAGGCAGGAAAGUCAUAGGAACUAAAGUGACUUGCUACAGUUUUCCCUGGGGUCAAUAUUCAGUGGGACUCCCAGGCUAAUGUAAGUUCUCUGCAAGAACAUGGAUGGAAAUCUUGAUUGGAAAUAGUCCUUUCUCUCUUUGUUUUAAAUCUUGUCACAUGUAUUUAGAUGUUUUUAUUUAACCUUUAUUUAUCCAGGCGAGUCAAUUAAGAACAAAUGGUUCUUUACAAUGACCGCCGGGCAAAUUUUUAUAAUGUGCUUCAAAAAAGUUAACCAGAGAGCAGGAUGUUCAAGAAGGCUUUUUGGUGCCUUAUUCUUCUACCUUCUGGUCUUAGUUUUGACUAGUAGUGCCUUACUGUCCACAAAAUAGAAGCUAGAUUUCAUUUUUUUAUGUUUUCUAUGUCUUUGAGAAGGAAUUGGGGUGAGAGGUUUUGACCCCAGUCAUUACAGAUUGAGGAAAAUAACAGGAACUGUGGCGAAUUUUGUGUAGUGAUUCUGUGAUCCUGCAAACUUGCAGAAUUGCACAUUUAGGGGCUGUUAUUAUGAUUAUUAUUCUAAAGAAAAAACGUAUUUUAAAAGUUUUCAUACUAUAACUGUUAACUUUGGCUGCCGAGUUAGUGGUUCGAGGCAUUUACAACAGUGGCUGAUUGAGAGAUUACUAAUGCACAUACUUAUUUAUACUCUAUUGUGUAUGGCAAAGGUCAGGCAAUGUCAAUAUAGAAUUGACAAGUAUGGAGGAUCAUUUCUUUAAUUGUCUGUUUUAAUGCAAUUUUAUUAGCCUUUUUUAUGUCCUCUAAUAGAGUUGUUGUGACUUCAGCAAACAGAAGAAGUAAAGUCAUCAACACUUCUGCAGUGCCAUUUAAUUCACAGCUUUGUUGAUGCAAUAAAAGUUACAUUUAUGACUUUCUUUAUUUUUUUUUUUACAAGUGCAAUUUAAACGCAGUAUCAAUAUGGAAAUACGGUAUAAAAAUGCUGUCUGUUUGCUGAUGCUAUUAUGUUUUACUACUUACUCACAAUCUUGAUCCAAUUUGAGUUUAUCUUUGUACUAAAUAACUUGUUUGUAUUUAUUUUAAACAAUGUCAUGUAUGUUGUUAUUGUCAAUAAUGUGGAUUAUGAUUGGUGGCAUAUUGAUACCAUAUUGAUGUCAUUUUCCAUGUUAUCUUCAAGGGACUUUGGGUGGAGAUGGUGGUCGCGUCCCACUGCUAGGUUCGUUGCAUGCAUCAACCAAUGGUUGCUUGCCAUGUCAUCGACUGACAGAUUGCUAUAACAUAAUGAUGUGGUUAGCUGAUAGGUAAAAUACCUAUCCAGGCGUUGUAAGAUCUGGCAACGUCUAAGCAGUGGAAGGCUCAAUAGAAGCCAGUAGCCUACCUACCUAUGUGGUGGUGGUGGUGGUGAUGAUGAUGAUGAUGAUGUUGCACUGGCAAGGUGCAUGCUUAAUAGUAUAAACUUAACUUCAGACUUAAUGUGGUGUUGUUGGGCUUAUUAUUAAAACAUAUAUAUUGAUCCUA